CCUUCUCCCUCUUCGCUUCCUCCGGCUCCUCUCUUCUCUGAUUCUCUUUGUGUAUGCGAGACUAAGGCUAAGCGCAGGGCGAGGUACCGAGCUGCAGGAGAGUACACCAGCGGGAGGUGGGCGGCGGGACGAGCUCGGUGUCUGGUUGGCCUUUUCCUACUGGAACUGCAGUACUUUGAACAUGCUUUUUGCAAAUACUUGCAUUAAGGAUGAAUAAAAUGUUAAGCACCGACUGUUUAGGGACACAGGAGCUUCAUACAUUUUGCAAGACCACUGAAAUAUUGGAACAUUCACAUCCUCAAGAGAUUACAGUCGAUAAAACAACAGUGGGGUCAACGCUAAUAAGUCAUCAAAAUGUGUGCUGUACUACUGAAGUGUCAGGGGAAAACGCUGAAAUCAUGGAAAUCAGCUUAUUGCAGGAUGAAUCUGAUGCAGCAGCCACCAGUUUAUUACCACUGCCAUUGUUGUCAUGUGGCCCUAGAUCUAUGGUUCCAAUAUCAGUACCAUCAUCAUCUGACCUUGAGACUAUCCUCUCACCAGAUACAAUCUACAGUGAUCUUCAGUUCAAAGAGAUAAACUACAAUGCUGCAGCAAUGGACGAAAGCAGUGAGUUCCUUCACCUGAUUCUUAGUGGCAAUGAUGAAGGAUACAAUACUACAACUGAAUUCCAAGUUUGGGAUGUUUUGGACUUCUAUGUGUCAGAAAACUUUUCUGCUCUACAGUUUGAAAGUUUAAUGGGCUUUACAAAUGAAGUUAGUACUUCCUAUCAUGACUGUAUAAAUCUAGUUGACAUGGUAGAGCGGCCUGUGGCUUGCCUGUCUCUAGAUGAUACAAUGGAACCAAAUAACACUAGUGAUGAGGUUCCAGUCGACCACACUACAAUGGAACCUGAUGAAACAUCCUUAUACCUUCAACCAAAACCAACAGAUUCAGAAACGGAAAGUAGUUCUGCCUCUGGAGAUGUGGUAGAAACUGGAUAUCUUGAUCAAAAGCUACUUUCCAGAGGUCUGCCCGAUUUAAUGGAUGUUGACUCGCCUAGUCGCUUACUGAAAUCACCAGUGAGAACGAAACAUGUGACUCUUGUGCUGGAUUUAGACGAGACUCUUGUACAUUCAACAUUGGAUCACUGCAACAAUGCUGAUUUUGCCCUAGAAGUUUUCUUUAAUAUGCAAAAUCAUACAGUAUAUGUGAGAAAAAGGCCUCGCCUGAAGAUGUUUCUUGAGAAGGUAGCUCAGAUGUUUGAGCUUGUCAUUUUCACAGCAAGUCAGAGAAUCUAUGCUGAGCAGCUAAUAGAUAGGCUUGAUCCUGAUGGGAAAUUGAUUUCACAGCGUAUUUAUCGUGAAUCCUGUAUAUUCUCUGAUGGUUGCUAUACAAAGGACCUGACAAUUCUAGGAGUCGACCUGGCAAAAGUUGCAAUAAUCGACAAUACUCCACAGGUUUUCCAGUUGCAAGUGGAUAACGGCAUACCAAUCAAGAGCUGGUUUGAUGACCCCUCGGAUCAGGAAUUAGUGGAGUUACUCCCGUUCCUGGAGAGCCUCAUUGACGCAGAGGACGUUAGGCCAAUAAUCUCAAAGACCUUCCACGAUAAACUUCAGCAUAAUUAGUUUUAGAGGCAUAUUUAUCAUCUAGUGAACCUGUCAGUGAAGUCAGGUUCACUCCACAUGGUGCAGGCCAUUCUUGGGAAAUUAGGUAUAGGAGUCAAGAUUCACCAUUUAUGUUAUGUUAGCUGUUACAAAUAGCAAGCAUAAACAGCAGUUGUGGUCGAAAUGGCUUGUAUAUGUAUGUUCUUUGGUUUUCUGCAUCGCAGAUCAUUGUACAGAAAAGAACAAUAGUGUUGAAUAAAGUGAUCUAAGUGCAAUUUUGCUCAA